GUGAAAAGUCAAGGCAUCAGCACUAUCAUAUCAGAGGGGUUAUAAAGAAGGACACGUAUAAAAGAAUAUUGGGAUUUAUUGGAGAUACGAAUCCUAUUAUUUAUUCUCUUCCAAGCACACCUGUGAGGCAGGGGACCACACAGAGGAGCUCUUCCUUCCACUCACUCUGUCAACAAAAGCGACCCUCGCUCCCACCUGUCUCGUCCUCCACAGUGUGAUUCCCAACAUCUUUCACACCAGAUAUAAACCCCCCUCCACUAUAGGAGCAUGCCGUGCGGCUGGGUGAAGUCCGUUCUGGUGAGCCUGUCCCAGAGAAAGCCCCUGGAGCCCGAGGGAGAGCAGUCCACUUUUGACCGAUGCCUGACCACCCUGGACUUGGUGGCCCUCGGUGUGGGCAGCACCCUGGGGGCCGGGGUCUACGUCCUGUCUGGAGAGGUGGCCAGAGACACCGCUGGGCCCAGCAUCAUCAUUUCGUUCUUCAUCGCCGCUGUGGCCUCUAUAUUUGCCGGACUGUGCUAUGCAGAGUUUGGCGCCCGGGUUCCCAAAACAGGCUCAGCGUACCUCUAUAGCUAUGUGACAGUGGGAGAACUGCUGGCUUUCAUCACCGGCUGGAAUCUCUUACUCUCCUACGUCAUCGGGACAUCCAGUGUUGCACUGGCAUGGAGCGGGACAUUUGAUGACCUCAUAGGGGGCGUCAUAUCAAAAUUCUUGGAGGCAAAUGCAGCCAUUGGCCUUCCUGGCCUGGCACCUUACCCAGAUGCCUUUGCUGCAGCUCUCGUCUUGCUACUCUCAGGUGUUUUGGCCUUUGGAGUGAAAGAGUCAACGACAAUCAACAAGAUCUUCACAGCAAUCAACAUCCUGGUUCUGCUGUUUGUGAUCAUCGCUGGAUUCAUCAAGGGAGACAUCUCCAACUGGCAGAUCACUCAAGAGGCUCUGAUAAAUGCCACUGCAGAACUCGACAACCUGAACUCCACUGCUGGAGUAACAAGUGUAUUUGGAGACGGUGGAUUUUUCCCUUAUGGCCUUUCUGGAACCUUGGCUGGAGCUGCAACCUGCUUCUACGCCUUUGUUGGAUUUGACUGCAUCGCUACCACAGGUGAGGAGGUGAAGAACCCUCAGAAGUCCAUCCCUAUUGGCAUCGUGGCCUCACUGCUCAUCUGUUUCGUGGCCUACUUUGCUGUGUCCGCUGCGCUCACCCUGAUGAUGCCCUACUACCUGCUCAGUGAGAAGAGCCCUCUGCCUGUGGCCUUCGAGUAUGUCGGCUGGGCUCCCGCCAAAUAUGUCGUGGCAGUGGGAUCCCUCUGUGCCCUGUCCACCAGUCUGCUAGGAUCCAUGUUCCCAAUGCCCAGGGUGCUUUUUGCAAUGGCGAGAGACGGCCUGCUUUUCCGGCCCCUGACCAAAGUCACGGCCAAAGGCAGCCCCGCCAUAGCUACGAUAUCAUCUGGAAUUGUGGCAGCCAUCAUGGCUCUGCUCUUUGACCUGGAGGCCUUGGUGGACUUGAUGUCCAUCGGGACACUGUUUGCCUACACCCUCGUGGCUAUAUGCAUUUUAAUACUGAGGUACCAGCCAAGUCCAUCUGAAGAAACAGACCUGCAGGUCAAAGAGUCGAACACUAGCUUCCUGAGGCCUCCAUCACUUCCUAACUCCUCCACUGGACGAACAGUCACUUACAUGACCGUUACCGCAGUUGCGUGUGUGAUUGGACUGUGCGUCACCCUGUCUCUGGGCCUUGGUGCUCUGUCCCGUGUGGAGCCAUGGAGUGUGGCGCUUGUUUGCAUCCUCGGCGUCAGCGUGCUGCUCCUCUUAUUCUUCAUCUGGAGGCACCCACAGAAUCCAACCAAGGCAUCUUUUAUGGUCCCACUCCUUCCUGCUCUGCCGAUAGUGAGCACAUUCAUCAAUGUCUACCUGAUGGUGCAGUUGGGUGCAGACACCUGGUUAAGAUAUGCCAUAUGGAUGUUAGUGGGGUUAGUCAUCUACUUCGGCUACGGGAUUCGUAACAGCGUUCAGAAGAAGCGUCUCUCGGGCCGCCAGGUGAAUAUUGAAACGGUCAGCGGCGUAGAAGACAGUUCAUUCAACCCAAACGUCAUUAAAGAAGAGAAAUUCUGAGCCUGUGUGGAGCCAAGAGAGUCUGACUCAGAUGUUACAGUGAGUAACUGGGCUUAAAGUUUGUAAAUAUGAUCUGCUGCUGCUGACCUGUUUCUGCAGUGUUCAGUGUGAGGGGGACAGGGUGACAGGUGUACAGUGUUCAAGGAUGAAAAAGCAAAUCUGCUAAAUUUGAGUGCGCACACACUUUCAUAUAUGUAGAUGGCGUUUGUAAUAUAUGUGAUAUUUUCAGACCUUUGAUUCAUUCAAGGGGGGAAUUGGGCUACGCGUGCAUGAGUCAUUACAGAUCUGGAGGCACAGAUUUGAGAAAAUUAAACCUCUCUGCACAUUUACAUUUAUCACAUUUACCUGUAUGGGUAUCCUGUAUCAGCUUCACAGCCAUGUAAACCUACCCCCAUGUUUUAAAAUGGCUCAGAGUAUUUCAUAACAUAUAAUCAACACGUUUACACUUUUCAUAUCAAUUGUAAAUGAUAAAUGGGCAUUUCAAGUUUAUACAAUCGUAAUAAUGAUUAUAAAUGUGUUUUUUUUUACAUAUAAAUUCAUACCAUGAGACUGAUGACGUCCUAUUUGUGAAAUGUAAUAUUUUGUUAGUUUAAAUGUUCGCUUCAUUAAUUACGUAUUGUUUCAAAGUGUAAAUAUGAAAAUUGCUUGUUUUUGUAAUUAUUUGUUAUAAAUGUAUUCCUUAAUUAAAAUUGAAAUAAUCCAACCUUUAA